CGCACAGCCUCCAAACACUGUUUUCUCUCUCUUACUUCUCUCUCAUCGCCUUUGGUCUCUCUCUCACUCGCGUACCCUACCCUUUGAAACUUCUAAACUUUCAACAUUUCUAUCCACCUCCGCUUGAAAACCCUAACCCUCUUUCUCUCUCCUAGGGUUUCGUUUCUCUCUCUAGUCAAACAAGAUGCAGGACCCUCUAAACAUGUCCCUCGACGACCUCAUCAAGACCAGCAAGAAAUCCGGAUCGGGCAACGCUCGAGGCCGUGGCCGGGCCUCAGGACCCGGACCCGCCCGCCGGUUGCCCAAUCGCGCCGCCAAUCGCACGACGCCGUAUGCGGCGGCCAAGGCGCCGGAGACCGCGUGGCAACACGACCUGUAUGCGGAUCAGGGGGCGGCGGCGUUCCCGGCUCAAGCUGGAAGAGCCUCGGCCAUUGAAACUGGAACCAAGCUCUACAUCUCCAAUCUCGAUUAUGGCGUUUCCAACGAGGACAUUAAGGAACUGUUUUCAGAGGUUGGUGACCUGAAGCGAUAUGGAGUACAUUAUGACCGAAGUGGGAGAUCGAAGGGAACGGCAGAAGUAGUCUUCUCACGACGACCAGAUGCUGUUGCCGCGGUUAAAAGAUACAACAAUGUUCAGCUUGAUGGGAAACCAAUGAAGAUAGAGAUUGUAGGAACGAACAUUUCGACACCUGGCGGACCUCCUACUUUGCCCCCUGCUGCUAAUGGCAACUUUGGAAAUUCGAAUGGAGUUCCUAGGGGUGGACAGAGUAGGGGUGGUGCAUUUGGACGUAUACGUGGCGGGGGUGGCCGUGGUCCUAGAAGGGGGGGCCGUGGACGUGGAAGUGGUAAUGGAGGUGGAAGAGGCCGUGGUGGUGAAAAGGUAUCUGCUGAAGAUCUUGAUGCCGAGCUGGAGAAGUACCAUGCAGAAGCAAUGCAAGAGUAAAACGCAAGCAGUUGUGUUUUAGUGUUGGCUUUAUUACAUCUUCUGUGGCCCAUUAGGGGGCUUGGUGAUUUGACAACCUCAUCUAUUUUGUGUAUUUCUAUCGAAGUCCUACUUUCUAGAGAGAGAAAUUAAGCGUAGAAAGAACUUAUAGAAUCUUGCUUAUGGAGUUUGGGAUCUUAUUAUGUUUAUUUGAACAUGGGUAUGAAAUAUGUGGGUUAAUGGACAGUUUCAGUGCUUUAACUGAACUCCCACUUUUGGACCGUUAGCUUCUUCAAUCCCUUUUUAUACAUUCAACAAGUUGGGGUAUGGAAUUGGGAAGCUUAUCUCUCUGUUUCUCCACACGCAAAGACAAAACUGGCUGCAAGGUGUGAAAGGAUUGAGCCUUAAAGAAAUCCCACACUGCUGCAUUGUGUUUGGUUCUACUGCAUGUAAAGUGGCGUACUUCACAUGAGGUAGAUAUCUCUGUUUUCCUUGGCAUUGAAGUCUUGUUAACUA